AUGAAAAGACCACAAUUAUGUAAUAAUGAUCAGGCAUUAAGUGAUUAUUUUCGUUCAAUUGAAAUCAAUUCAAAUUAUAGUAAAGUUUAUGAAAGAUUUGGUGUCAUAUAUCUAUCAUUGAAUAAAGUACAUGAAGCACUUGAUGCUUAUAAAAAAGCUCAUACACUUAAUCCCAAUAAUGAGCAUUAUAAACAAUCAAUACAACAUUGUGAAGAUCAAUUGAGUGGAACUGCAACUGGUACUAAUCAAACUAAUGGUCCAAAUCUAUCAUCCAUGUUUGGUACAUUAUUAGGUGAUGCAAGUGGUGGACCUAAUAUGAUGUCAUUUUUUAAUAAUCCAGCUUUAAUGAAUAUGGUUUGUCAUUUUGAUUCUAUAAAUAUCUAAAUAAA